AUGGUAGAUGUUGAGCCUGACAAUGAAGAGGAAGAGGAAGAUGAAGACACUCUGUCGUGGUUCGUGACAAUAGGAGAGGAAAUGUAUUUGAAACAAGAGUUCAGGUCGAAGCGCAAUGUCCAAGCCGCUAUAAAACAUUACUGUAUGAAUAAACAUCAAGAAGCUGUAGUGGUUGAAAGUACUACAAAGAAGUUGUCUAUAAAAUGUCGUAAGCAUGAAGAAGGCUGCAAUUGGCGAGUAAGGGCAAUUAAACCGAAGAAUAGCAGCAACUGGGUAGUCAGUAAAUGGGUUGGAAGACAUACUUGUGUCAGCGCAACCCUUUCCCAAGACCAUAGACAGCUUGAUUCGCAAUUUAUUUCUGAGGCCAUUCUAGACAUGGUCAAGGCUUCACCCUCGGUGGUCGUGAUCCUGAUACAAGAACGGGUUACUGGUCUCUUUGGAUUUAAUGUUUCUUAUAGGAAAGCAUGGAAGGCAAAGCAGAAAGCAAUUGCUAAGAUUUACAGUGAUUGGGACGAGUCAUAUGUGUUCUCGCCAAGAUGGUUCGGGCACAUUUUGAAAUUUUCUCCGAGAUGGUGUAAAUCAGUUAUACAUGUCGAUGGUACGCAUAAGUACAAUAAAUACAAAGGGACAUUAUUGAUCGUCACAGCCCAAGAUGGAAACAAUGAGGUGUUGCCAAUUGCAUUUGCAGUUGUUGAAGGAUAUAUUCCAAAUAAAGACUAUUUUUAUGCUGCGUAUAUCAAGUUUUGCAGCAUUAGUCCAGAUGUUGCUGCAUGGAUUGAGGCCAUUCCAAAAGAGAAAUUGACUCAGAAUUAUGAUGAGUGUGGAUGA